AUGCUUCGAAAUAUUUCUCCUUUCGUGUUAAAAUCAACUCGACAAAUUAAGAUAUCAGCCGCCACUUCUUCUGCUUCCUUCAACGGUGUCAUUCCCACUGAAAAAAUCGAAAAACGAUAUACGUUGAGUAGCGGACCUGGAGGGCAAAACGUUCAAAAGAAUGCAACUAAAGUAGAAAUUCGUUUCAAAGUGAAUGAAGCAGAAUGGUUAUCUGAAACAUUGAGAAACGCCAUUGAAGAGAAGCUGUCACACCGAAUUAAUUCCGCUGGAGAGCUCAUCAUUGACAGUGACAGAACCCGGGAACGCCAUCUGAAUGUUGCCGAUUGUUUCGAUAAACUCAGAUCUGCUAUCUACGCAAUUGAAAAAGAACAAGGAAAAAGAAAAACCUCAGAAGAAGAUGAAAAAAUUCUGAGAGAGAGAGCAGCAGUAGCCACGCAACAUCGUCUCUAUGAGAAACGGAGAACAAGCGAGAAGAAAUCAUUGAGACAUGCGGCUGUGGAGCUAUAA